AUGCUCUAUCAAAGUGGUACCACCAAUAUUGAAGUAGCAUCUUCAACUCCAGCUUCUUUUGAGGCAAAUGAUGACCAGCACUCGAGAGUGGAUUCGAUUCAUGGAAACAACAACAAUAUGCAGCCAUACGGAUUCAAACAACUAGAGGCCAAGAAGGUCGGAUGUCUAUCUGUCACUAUUGCGAUUUUAUUGAAAACAAUUGCAGAAGAACGACAACGUUAUUGCAUUUGGAUUUUUACCAUCAUCGUUGCACUCAACUUGACCUUAAUACCAAGUAUCAUGUCCAUUGCUUUUAUUAUCAUGAAUCCAGAAGGAGGAGCUGUACCCAUUCCAUUUCAAACAAAAACCAUUGGUACUUAUACCAUUUUUGAAGAUGUGCUCAAAAAGUACAGUUACACUUCAGGUUCUACCUGUUGCUCUCCACCUGCUAGAAGUGGCGACGGUUCAACCAUUCUCAAAUGUCCAAAUCAAGAUUUUAAUUUUGCUGUUCGUUAUGACAAUAUAGCCUUUAUGAAUAGUUUUGGAUAUAUCAAUUACAGUGCAACAGAUCAAUCGACUGGUAUUGCUAAAUUUGUUCCUCAUGUAUGCAAUCGUUUGGAUGAUCAAGCUCCAUGCAAAAUGACACCUCUACUUCUUCCAAAUAUGGACAUUCAAAAAAUUAUUGAUAACCAAUUUAAGAAUAUAGAUUCAGUGCAGUACCCUAAUGUUUCCUUAUUCUCUGGAGUAUUGAAUGUGAGAGAUGUGAGCGAAGACUCCACCAGUUUGAAAGCAUCCCUUGAAAUGACUUCAUAUACCAAGACUAUUUAUUCUACUUUUUAUGCAAGUUUAUUGAAUGCUACUAAUUAUUACUUGAUGGGUAGUAAAAUUAGCAAAUCUCAAAUGAUUCGAAGGUUAGGAAUUUCACAGUUUGAAUCUAGCGGUACAGCCUCCACUGCCUCUUUCAUCACUUUCAUUGUAAUACCUAUUGCCCUCUCUUUAAUGUUACCAGUAUUUAUUGAUGUAUUUAGCAUCGAUCGUAAGAGUGGAAUGAUGGAAUUUAUUGAAUUGUACGGAGCAACUUAUACUCAUCACUACCUUGUAAAAACACUCUUUUAUUAUGGAAUUUAUGCCAUCUAUGUGGUGGUUCAAAUUGUGUUAGGGUGUGCUGUGAAGAAUGAAUUCUUUGUUGGUACCAACCCUGCUAUUUAUAUAUUUGCACUUCUUAUUUGGGGAAUUACACUCAUUGCCAUUGCCAAUGUGAUUUCACUCUUCAAAACUGACGCAUCGUAUUUCAUUGGCUAUUUAUUGAUUUUAUUUGGGUUGGGUGGAUCCAUUGCUGUCGUCUUGGUAUUUGGUGCUUCAAUUUUACCAUACUAUGUCAUGCUUGUCCCAUCCAUUGCCUUAAUGAGAAUUCUCUUCUUAAUGUUGUGUCCAACACUGAUUGUGCAAGUAGAAGGAUCAUUGGAUGAACAAAUUUUAAUAGCUUUUGCAUUCUUUAUUAUUAUGACUGCAUUACUCGUUUUGGUCAUUCCCAUGUAUGGAUUAAUAAGAUCUAUUCUAAAGAGAAUCAAUAGAAUUAUUCAAACAGCCAAGCAUCGAAGAAACCAAACAAGAAAACAACAUCCAACUGAAACAACUCACAUUCUUUCAAACUCUUCUUCACCAUUCAACUCUUUCCAGAACGAUUCCAGCUCUGACUUGGAUAAAGUUGCAGACGAUACAGUACUACGAGAAUUACAACUUGUUGAAAGCAAUCUCAAUAUUGAGAAUCAUAUAGUAGAGGUGAGACAUUUAGUGAAACGUUUUGGAAGUAAGAUUGCUGUGAAAGAUGUGACAUUUGCCAUCUCGAGAGGAAGUUGUUUUGGAUUACUGGGAAGCAAUGGAGCAGGCAAAACCACCUCUGUGGAAUGUAUUUUAGGGUUGGCUGCACCCUAUGAAGGUACUUGUACAUUAUCUGGAAUGGACAUUUCUAACAUCCACUCAAGUAUUCUCUCCUCUAAAAUUGGUUUUGUGCAACAAUUUGACAAGUUUUUCGACAUUACCGUUUUAGAUCAACUGAAAUUCUUUGCUCGCAUUAAGGGAAUUCCUAACAAGCAACUUAAUGCUCACAUUGAUGAAAUAUUACAAAAUGUUGGUUUAACAGAAGCAAGACGUCGAAAAUGUAAAGAUUUAAGUGGUGGAAUGGCUCGUCGGUUAUCACUGGCUAUUGCCAUGUUAGGAGAUCCAGAGUUGUUAAUUCUUGAUGAACUUACCAAGUCGUUGGAUCCUCUCACUUGCGAUGGUAUUCACAUGAUUUUGAAAAAUUAUAUGAAUAAUAAGAAGAAGGCUAUUUUAUUAUUGACUCAUAGCAUGGAAGAAGCAGAAAUCUUGUGUGAUAAGGCAGCAAUCUUGGUGAAUGGAGAAUUAAAGACAAUUGGCACACUUCAUGAGUUGAAAACAAAAUAUGGAAGAGGUUAUAAAUUGAAUGUACAGACUUUGGAUGCCUCUUACAACACCAUUGCACGAGAUUAUAUAAUGAACGAAUUGGUGAAGGAAGGUCUUCCUCUUCAUAGCAUUUCACAUGAAAAUUCAUUUGGUAACAAGUUAGAAUUUAGAAUUCAUAGUUCAUCUGAGUCCAUGGUUCCUUCCAAUAAGCUAACGAUGGAAGAGGCGGCCAUUAAGAGCUCUUCAUCAAAGGCAAUUUUACAAAGUUUGUUCAAGAUCAUGUCUUGUGCUGAAGCCCGUCGUGCAUACAUUGUGGAUUGGACCUGUAACAUGGCAUCCUUAGAAGAAGUAUUUAUCAGAAAAGUCAGACAUCAAUAUGAAGAUGUGGAAACCCAUUAA